ACUUUAGGAGCUGCUCUUCUGCGGCCCUGUCCUCGUCCUCCUCUUCUUCCUCUUCCUCAUAGAUCUCAUCAAAGUCCUCCAUCAUCGCAAGACUCGGCCUCGCGCUUCCCGGUACAACUGCCGGGAGAGACACGAUGCCGACUAACAGAAGAAACCGUAUCGAGAAACAAUUACAAAAGACCAAAAUAUGAAUCCCAGGGACGUCAGCUCACAUCGUUUCGUAGGCUCCAAAACAAAACAUCAACAUCCGCCGCAGUACAACACGACACCGGAAGGGGGCGAAACGUACUGGCGUCACAGAUUUAAAUGAAGAACACGGUCGAAGACGAAUUGUUUUCUUCCGCUUUCUGUUUGUAAAUGGGUCGAUCGUGUCCAUCGUUUGCAGUUCAAUCUAUCAAGUAUGUGUGAGAACCCUACUUUGAAAGCUAAGCCACACAGAAGUAUCAUUUAAAUGAAUAUAGUCUGUUGCUUUUCAACUUCCGACUUCUGCCUGAAAGGGAAACUUUUGUGAAACAUCCGUGGGAGCUUAUUUACUGGAUAUUGUUUAUCUUACGGUAACUCAAUCAUAAGUCAAAAAAUGAUUUUACAGACUCUCAAAGAUGCAACGCCUGAAGUCACAAGCGGGAUACUUGUGGUGGUCUUUUUAUCGUGCCUCUUAUUUACCUUCAAACAAUAUUUCAUUUUAACUGAGGCCGUCUUUAGUGUGGGUGCCAAUGUUUUUCUGAAUGGAGAGGUGCACAGGGUCUUCAUUUACCCUUUCUAUCACAGGACAUCUGUCCAGCUUCUUCUUAACAUUGGAGUACUGAUGCUGCUCUGUGGCAGUUUCGAAAAAGGCGUUGGAACUGUUCGAUUCCUGUUUUUGUUCGUAACUCUAUCGACGUGCACGGGGCUGUGCUAUGCCCUGCUGGAUCUCUUCCUACACGAUACGACCCAGAACCCUGCUGAGGGCUUGGUGCCAAUAGCUCUGGCCCUCGUUGCUGUGACCACCAUGCACACUCGUAUGGCCAAAGGUUUCUUCUGUGGUGUCAGCAUACCUACAAUGAGUCUCCCCUGGGUUUUUCUCAUAGUCACAUUCUUAUUUAUUCCCCACACUGUGCUCCCCUGCAACAUCAUUGCCAUUCUGAUCGGAUGGGUGUACGGUAAGGGAUGGCUUUCCGUACUGGACAUGUCGGAGGCCAGAGCAUCGGUCUUGGAGAAGUCGGCGCCUUUCAAGUUUCUAAAGAACAUUCCUGGGGUCCGUCACGUACCCGUGUCCCCUGAGGAGCGGCGGAAGACGCUCCUUCCUGAAUUCAACCCAACACCCGGGUCGUACCCGGUCCAAGCAUACGCUCCGAUGUCCAGUGCCGUUGCCAUGGGUACCACCUCUCCCCAGAUGUACUACGAAGGGUGGCCCAAUGCUCCCGCUGCCGCUGUGAAUGGGUCAUCUUCAACCUCUCAAGGACUCGGGUCUGAGUUCCCCGGGGGUCACACUACAACUCAAAGCUACAACCAUAGCCAUGAUCACAGUACAUGCCAUGGCCAUGGGCAUCAGUAGUCACUAGCUCUAGCAGUAGCACAUUGGACCUGCGCAAUUAUCUUGACAUGAACAACACAUCCAAGUCAAUGCUACACAUUGUUUCUAAGUAGUAUUAUUAUUUUGUCUGGCUUGCUUCAGUAACAUUAGACCAUAUUGAAGAUUAUUUUAUAUUGCAAAUGUUUUUCCUUUUUUUUUUACCUGGAUUACAUAUACAAUGGGGAUAUCUUUUUUUUUUUAUUGGAGUAGACAUGUACAACUUUACAUGCAUUGCAAAACUUGCAGUCUUUCAAUGCAUGUAAUCCAUCUCUGCUCUACAAAGUUGUUUCCAAAAUAUUAUUUAGGACAAAUUGUUUACAAAAUGUUUUCAUUUAUUAACUCACAAAGACAUCAAUCCAAGCUGUAUUUCAGGUAACUUCUGACAUGUCCUCUAAUUUGUAAAUUCGAUACCAGUGCUUGACAUGCAUAAAUUCCAUACAUUUUCAGUCUUCCCAGGAAUCUCCAUAGGCGUUCUUCUUGACUGGAAGAGAAGAAGAAUUGGCUAUCAAAUACCAGUUAUCAGUCAAAGCCAAACAUAUGAUAGAUUUGACCCAAUGGUUACUUUUCGACAAUCGUAAUUUCUGAAUAAUCAAAAGUAUACUGUCAGUGUUUAUACAUUUUGAAAAUAAAUUGAUCAAAUUAGGAAGAAGCAUUACAAUUAUUUAAAUUUCUACCACUUAAUUUUCUCCUCUGACCUUACAAUCUAAGCUCAUUCUGAAGCAAAAGGUCACAAAUGGGACGAACAGACUUGGUGGGGGACUGAGGAUUUUGUGGACAAGGCAUUCAUUUUGCUUGAGCUGGAAACAUAAUAUAUGUAAUGAAUAUGUAUGCUCAGUAUUGGAAUAUGCCACUUAGUGUCCACUAAGUGGCAUAUAUAUAUCAACUACUGAGAAUACAUAUUCAGUAGCAUGGAAAGUCCCAGUGGAAAAAUCCUAACCUAGCUUUCUAUCUUUUUUUUUAAUUUUUUUUCCUAUUUGUCUAUCCCUUCCGGGUGUCAAAGCUCACCUGCUCUCUGUGGUGCAGACCUCUCUGGUUCCCUGGCGGCUGGAGAUUUGAGCUGUGCCUCAGCCUUCUGGGUCAGUGUGACCUCAUAGUUCUCCCUGUUCUUGCUCCUCAGGUCUUCAUAGAGGAUGUUAGGCUUCCUCAUGGGCUCCUCAUCCCCCAGGUAGGACUGGACUGGCGCUUCUGGAGAUGAUUCAUAGAGAAAAGGGGUUGGAAAGUUCUCAUGCUUUGCUUUAGGGAUCAAUGCAUAGUACAGAUUGAGUGUAUCAGGAUAUGGUUGAAAGCCUCUCAUAUGUGUAUUAAUUUGAGGUUAAAACGGCAGUCCGGGGUGACCAUGUUGAGAGGUAGCAGAGAGUUGCUCUAUUUCCUGACGUUAACAUAUUAUUGAUAGAACAAAAUUUACAGACGUACAGCCAUAGCGAUAGUGCAUCAUGAAGUUGCAAAACCUGACUUCCAUUGGUUUGUGUGGUUACCUGGACGGUUGUAGUCCUCUGCUCUCUCCACCUGCUCGGAGGACUCUGGGCUGUAUCCAUAUCCCUGAUCCCUGGUGCUGGAGGGCAUCUGGCUUUGGCUAUUGGAAUCUGAUUGCUGGAAAUUGGUCGAAAAUGACUGGGCAUCAGGGUCACUCAUCUCGGUCUGGGGGUUCUGGGAACUGCGAGGGAAAGAGCAGAUGGGAGGAUGUAAUGACCCAGGAGUAUCGGGCGGAAAAAGCAAAACUACACGGUCAGGCAAAUAAUGGGAGGCUAAAGGGGUUUUAGGGCUACUCACGUUAAAGGAAAGCCAGUCCUCUUCCUGAGCGCCUCUCCAAGUGGAGAGUUGUCCAGCAUUUUAAAUUUCUCCUGGCAAGUCUUCAUGUAGGACAUCUUGCCCGCUAGGUAGCCACAAAAGCCAGCAACUAGAGGGAGACGGAAUCAAUCCAAGCAACUACUCCAUAGAAUAACUCUGGGAUGAUAUAAUGUAAAGGGAAAGGCACCUGCAAUUCACUUACAGGCUAGUUUGGGCAAAGAUCCGAACCGUGGUGAACCGAUAAGAGUUCCUUCAGAAGGGUUAAAAACAGUUGCUUGGUUAUUUCUUUGUUGCUUGCUUUACUAUUAAUCUAUACUUUUGCAAUUAUAUGACAAAUGGAGUAUAUUCAUGUGAAUUUUCCUAUUUCAUUGACAUUCAUUGAAAAUAAUUCAUAUUGUUUUACCUCUAGUAAUUAAGACCUGAGUCAGAGCAAUACUGACAGCCGAGAAGGGCACAGCUGUAAAUGGGCAAGGGGAAAAAAAUCAUUGAACACCUGGUACAUGUUUAUAACAUUCAUUGAAUAAGAUGUAUACGCGUCACCCUCUGCGGACAUCAGAUAAACUUACACCUGUACCAAAAACUUUCGUGGUUGCAUUCUUUAAAUACUCUUUUCUCAUCUUCUGUGGGAACGUAGUCCAUGCCCAUUGGCCCCUACAUGAUGCAAGCAGGACCAAGAAUUAGCAAAGCUUGCAUUGGCUAUCUGAUAACAUCAACACAGUAAGGCACAAGCACGUCAAAAUUAAACGAAGGUUGAAUAACAUCAGCCAACCUCCUCAGUCUAUUGCCAGAAAACAUAAGCCAGAAGCUUGAAGGGUUUGCUCAUUAUGUUACGUUAUAAAAUGACUACCUGGGCCCCAGGUGGACGUUCCUCCGUAAAACCAGUGGAAGUUUGUGACAUGUUGGAUAUCUCAAUGUAUGUCCAAAUGAAAGACUAUUAAAGCAUAGAAUUUCACACAAAACCCUUGAAGAAUUGGUGCAAUUUUAGUCCAACCAAUGUCAUUGUCGAAGCCCCAUUGACUUGACCAGGAAGCAAAUGAGUACUCUCAGUAGGACCGGUCAUAUAAGACGAGAGGCGCCAGGAAACGGCCCAUGUCACACAUCAAAACUAUAAAAAAGAAAAAAAAAUGUAUUUAUUAUAUUUUGAUAAUGAAAAGGUACA